GCUAGGGGGCUCUUUAUCUAGGUCAGCGCAGGUAGAUGUUUACCUGUGUACAUGGGACACGCAAUACCCUCACGGAUGCGGAAUUUACAAAAUGGAUGUUUUAGUUGUGAAAGGAGUGUUUCCAUCUACACCACCUUGAGUUGGUGAUUUUACACAGUGUGGCCAAAAUGAAAGGGAUGGUUGAGGGUGUGGCGGGUGGGGUGCUGUGUGUUUUGAUGUUUAUGUCGCGGACUUAUGGCGCGGACUACUGUUAUGUACAAGCUCCGUCAUGGACACCUAGAACAGCUCCAUCAUCGACAUCCAACACAUCCCGGGUGAGACUGUCCCUCUUCACCAGCCUGAGGGAGCGCCAUGAGGGUGGGUGUGGCGCCAUAUCACGGGGGGCUCUCCAGAUGUACGUGGCAGUCGGCUGGGUCAUCGACAAACUGAACAAGGGAUUUAUUCCUGGCAUCCAGUUUGACGUGAAGUUGUACGACGACUGUCAGAACCCGUUGUAUGUGGUCAGGAACGCUCUUGAUGUGCUCAGUCCGUCCCUCACAGGAAUCACUAACUGUACCCAGAACGAUUCUUCCAUCCACCUCGGAAUCAUUGGUCCCUCCAGAAGUGCGACGGCGCUAGAGGCAGCGAAGAUUCUGAGUGACUCCGGGAUACCAAUGAUCAGUCCGUCCGCAACAGCAGCUGAUCUCAGUCUCAACUACACCAACUUCUACCGCACAGCACUACCGGACACAGUGCAAAUCAGACCCAUGUUGGACAUUCUGAAGAGGUUGGACUGGACGUACGUAGUGGUGGUCCAUAGUGGCGACAUCUAUGGCCGUGCAGCGGCCGCCAUGCUGAAGGUUGAGGGAAGAAAGAAUGGGAUUUGUUUCACGAAGUCUGUGGAGGUUCCUAGCAUUGUGGACCGGUCGGAUCUGUUCACCGAGUUGCGGGAAGUGAAGGAGGCAACAGAGGACAAGCAUCUGGCAGUGGUGUACUUCGGCUCGCGAGACGUGGCUAAGGAUAUCAUGAAGUACUACGCAGACUCCACGUUGACAGGUUUCUACUGGCUGAUGUCUGACUCUGUAGGAAGAGUGUAUGAUAUUUUCAAGGGCAGUGAUAGAGUGGCGAUAGGAACGUUAACCCUGUCGCCAUCGCCAGUUGCGUUUGAAGAGUUAAACGUCUUCUGGUCCAGUAUUAAAGAUUCCACUCCCUUGUUCAUGGAGUACGGGCGCCAAGCCAACAGUGACGAGUUAUUUGCGACCCAGUCCGACUACGUGGCGCCCACUGUUGACGCUACAUACGCAUAUGCCGUUGCUUUGAAGAACGCCAUAUCCGAUCUGUGUGUCAGCCCCGCUGAGCAUCUGUGUGUACAAAAACUCAGGGACAAUCAGCUUGCACGCUACGUGAAGAACGUUAAUGUCAACUUCACAGCCUUGGGGGACUCGUUUGUCCCGCCCGAGUAUGUGGCCCAGCGACGUCACUUCUCUUUCAAAAACGACUCAGGCGACGUCGUCCGCGGGCCCGAGACUGUUCUGUAUUACGUCAAUGCUGUAACAGCGGGCAAUCAGUUUGCAAGCGUCGGACACUAUUCUUCCAGCGGUUUGGAAUUUAACGUCACAUCUAUUGUAAUGAAAGACGGAGAUAGUGUUAUGACAGGCACCUCUCUGCCGAGAUCCACCUGCAAGGGUUACUGCAAGGAAUGUGUGGAGUUUGGCAACAUACCAAUGGUCUUUGUCAAGGGAGACAUCUAUUUGGUGGGAAUAUUUUCCAUUCACUCUUCAGACCCUGUUAACCCCUUCGAGUGCAACCAAUUCCGGGGUGUCUCCAGUGAUACCAUUGCUCUUGAAGCGUUUCUGUAUUCUGUUAAAGAGAUGGGCAAACAAACAGGGCUUAACUUUGGUGCCGUUGCCUUUGACGACUGCUACAGUUCCGUCCGACUGACCAGCAUUAUAUCCGAGUAUUUCUCCUCCAUUGAAAGACCGUCAAAGAUCUUUGGGCACCUGGUCCCUCUCAACAAGACGGUGGCAGUGAUUGGCUCCCUGUCCAGUGACUCCACCAUACCUCUGGCUAGAUUCUUCAAUGGCCUCAACAUCCCUGUCCUGUCCUAUGCAGCCUCCAGCCCUGAUCUGGAUGACAGAGUCAACUUCCCCAGCUUCCUGCGGACGGUCCCUAGUGAUGUCCAGCAGGCAAAGGCCAUGGUCCAGGUCAUCACGGACAUGGGCUGGGAGUAUGUCAGCUUGCUGUACGUCAGCAACAACUACGGCACAAAGGGAAUGCAAGCUUUCCAAAAUUACGCCCUCGCGGCGGGGAUAUGCGUCUCUCAACCGAAGAAUAUCAGUGAGAGUUCUAGCAGCGGGGUGGAUCGGGAACUUUUGGACGUGUUAGAUGAACUCUUAUUAGAAAAUGCCAAGGUUGUUGUGUUCUUUGGUAUUGACACUCGUUUCAAAGACUUCAUGAAGGCGGUCAAUGACAGAGAACAAUACGGAAAAUUUGUUGUCGUUGCCAGCGAAGACUGGGGAAACAAACAAAGUAUUCUGGCAAGUGGCGAGAGGGCCACGCGCGGAGCGAUCACGCUGAAGAUUGAGCAGAUGCUUGAACCCCCUUUUCCUGGCUUCUCCGCGUCUCUGCUGUCCAAAACCCCCGGGAACAACCUCAUCAACCCCUGGUUCCCGGAGUUUUGGCAGAGCAAGUUCAGCUGCAACAUCCGCGGUGGCUUCAACAACAUCAACCAAGAUGAGUGUUCCGAAAGUCUGAGUCUGACAAGUGAAAAUAUGAAAAAUCACCUCAACAACCAGCGCGUGAAGCACGUGCAGUAUGCCACCUAUGCGGCGGGGAAGGGUGUGAGCGAGGUCAAGGGCAAGCUGUGCAUGGACUAUGGGGAUGUGUUUCCAUGUCGCUUCUACUACGACUCGCAAUACAGCAGCAGUGUUUGGGAGACGAUCAGAGAAGUAACAAAUCCACAGUCACCUUUGCAGCCGUUGUUUGACGAAGAUGGGAACGGCGCCAUCGGCUUCACGAUCUACAACGUACAAGUUGAUUCCAGUGGACAGACAGGCAGCGGGCAUACAUAUGUCGAGGUCGGUACCUAUGGAGCGAGUGGGCUGCAACUGGACAAAGAAAAGAUCACGUUCUAUGACCACCUGGGUUACCCGACGGAGGUCAGCGCCAAAUGCGGGACUGGGAGUAGGUGCUCAGCGUGUGUGCGACAAACUACUUCCGCGCCAACGCUGGUGACGUCAUCACCAACUGGUCCGGACGUCAGUUUUAGGGUGGCGGACAUAAUCAUCAUCACCAUUUGUGCCUUGUUUCUGAUCCUCUUUCUGAUAGCCCUGCUGAUUGCUUACAGGUAUCUCAGGAUCAAGGUCAACGGCCUGAGCAAGGAUAUACAGAGAUACGCUGCAGGCAACAACGAACACAUAUACCAGACGGUGUCCGAGAGGAGAGUGUACCAGAACCCGCCCACAAGUCCACAACGCCGCACCCCAACAACCCCCAACCACAUCUACUUCGUCAAUGGCAGCCAUGACAGUUUAAACGAAGCUGCAGGUCACGUGAAUCAAGCUUUCCGAACUGACGACACGUUAUCCCAGCGGAAUGUUAGCGGAGGAACCACCGCUAGCGCUAGCGCCACGAACACCUCGACCCAGUCACGGCAGACUGAAGCCCCAGAUCCACGUGGGAGGAGCACCUCGCUGUCCCCAUCUCACUCCGGACAGGUGGUCAUGACCGACAUCCCAAACAGAGCCCUGCCAGGCGGGAUACUACCGGAAGUGCCUGCUAACGGACAUGUCCCGAAUGGAGGUGUCACAUCACCGGGAUUCCAACAAAGACCUUCAACUUUGCAUUUUCAUCAGAAUCCCAGAUUUACUGAUAUUCAAGGGAUGACUGAUAAUGGACAUACGUCGAAUUUGCUUGCACACAGUAUGAGUCCAGUUCUGAAUCGUCCAGACUUACACCAUUUGCCUGAAACCUACAUGGGCUCGCCUCUGUCCUCGGUGUCUCCAGUGACUGACUCGCCCGUUUCCCAGGGGGUGCUCAGUCAUCACAGCUCGCCUGCAAUGGCUGCCAACCCAUCCAUGUUGCAAACUCUUGCCAGCCAGCAGGCUGUUCUUGAACAGCAGGCAGCGCUCACCGCUCUUGAAGUGCAGAGACUACACCUCCUUCAGCAACAAAGUGCUCAGCAUCCCUCCAACCCCUACAUCCCGCUGUCAGCCACCGAGACACGGCCUCAUCUGUCACCCCUGCGAGACCCCCCAUAUCCCAGUCAGGAUGAGCUUCCCAUGGACAGACCCAGGCCGAGAACCAACCCCCAACACAUGGCCCCACUCUCCAGCAGGGUGUCAUCGCAUCACGGCAGCAUAGACUCCCUGAGAUCCAGCGGACGAUCUCGCCACCAAGUCUCGCCAACAUACAGCCCUGAUGGCAAGAACAUCCACAUGCAACCGCUUGCACAUGACUCGAGAAUAUCCCGAGUCUGACUGGUCAAAUACUGUAAAAAGGAUCUGUUCUCGGAAGAUUAGCGGAUCUAGUUGUGAAUGCAUUGUGUAUAGAAAUAUAACCCUGAAAUUACCGCGACAUACUUCCUAAGAAUAUUGACGGCUUCAUCUUACCGUGUGAUGACAGCUCAUUUAACUCAACGGCUUAUGCCGUAAGAUGCUCUUAAUACUCAUCAUUGAGUCUGACGUGACGACAAGUGACAUCAUCCGACGAGGUAUAGUGUAUUUAAGAAACCACAGCAUUGUCGUCAUCCUCCAUAUUGACAUUCCGAACUCGCCGCGUCAAACAAAUAUUGUACAUUGCAAAUAGUUUUAUAAGUGCUUUAUUUUUUCUUUGCAUCAUGAUAUAUGGUAGGCAUAGCUAAAGGCUCCAUGCCCGCAGUACUGCGCUGGAAUCUGACUCGUGAGGUUUAUGUGUUUUAUCUAAUCCUAUGUUGUGAUAUUUUUUCUGUUAUCUAUAUUUUAUAUAGCGUUUACUUCCAUGUCAUACUUAUACUCAAGCAAUUGUUUCUGUUUGUUUUUGUUUACUGUUUAUUGUUUAUUAAUUCUUCAUGCGUGUGUUGGAGAGUCGGUUCAAUGUCUGAGCAGAGGAACGCGACAGCAAGAAGCUCAAGGGUGUGGGAAUUCAUAACAUUCACAUGAAGCAAUAGUACAUCGGUACAUCACCUGUUAGGUAUGCUGUGUCAUCAUAACUUCCCUUUGAUCUAUGUUGUGUCAUCAUUGUAUCACUAUUAGGUGUGUUGUGACAUCACAUCUCUAUUUGAUGUAUUGUGACAUCAUCACAUCACUAUUAGGUGUGUUGUGACAUCAUCACAUCACUAUUAGGUGUGUUGUGACAUCACAUCUCUAUUUGAUGUAUUGUGACAUCAUCACAUCACUAUUAGGUGUGUUGUUACAUCAUCACAUCACUAUUAGGUGUGUUGUGACAUCAUCACAUCCCUUUUAGGUGUGUUGAGACGUCAUCACAUCACUAUUAGGUAUGUUGGUUCAUACUUCCCUUGCAUAAUAAAAGACGGCACCAUGACAAAAUAAUCCGUUAAGACCUAUUUACUCUGGAAAAUGACAUGGAAGAUUGUUUCCCUGUAUACAGUGUUCAGGUGUGGAUCUCGCAUAACUCUGGCCUUUGUUCGACGGCCAUCGGAUUAGCUCAUGAAUUAUGCCAAAUACGAAUAUUGAUUUGUUGAUUGACAUGUGUACAUUGUAUAUCUUAUCACUAAUCUGACAUAUAUGUGACUUAUGACCAGCCUUGUAUUUACGUGUGCCUAUAAAAAAUGAACAAUGUGGAAUUGCCAUCUACAUAUUGUAUAAAAUACGUCCAGUCUGACGUUGACGAGUGCCCAUUGUAUAACUAACAUACGAUCUGUCCAACACCAUCGUGUGCCCCUCGUAUAGCGUGAUCAGCGUAACGUUAACGUAUUCAGGUUUGAAAAACACUAGUAUUAAAUACGGUAUCUUCAAAGGGGAAUUAUUUAGCUAUCUGUAUAGCAACACCCUGUCGACGAGGUAAUAUAUAAUGACACUUAAUGUUAUAUACCGUAUUCGACCUAAUAGGCGACCAUUAGAAAUAGAGGGCUCUUAUUAGAAUAUAAUGUUUUGUAAAAAAAAGUUGAAAGAUCGUCAAUUUUGUGGUAUAUGCUGACAGCCUGAAAUGAUACAAAAGAAAAGUCUAUGCGUAUUAUACACGACACAUAUAUUUUUCCAGAAUUUAAUUGUCCAUAAUUAAGGAAGAACAUAACACACGAGUACGUAUUAUACGCGAAUAAAUACGUAUUGUGUACAUUAAUCAACCGGAAUGGGUGCUAAUUAGGAUUGUUCACUAGCCAAUAUAUUAGCAAAUAUCGCUGUGGGCGCUUAUUAGAGUGGGGCGCUUAUUACGUCGAAUACGGUAUUUCAGUACGUGUGCUGCUCCCUUGCAGGUCCAUGUGUUUGUUGGUGAGGGACACGACCACACCGAUACAAGAAGCAUGACCAUGACAAUACUCGCCACAGUGUCUUAUGUGACCAUAUCAAACAUGUUGCGAGUGACGUCACGUCGACAGCACACGUCAAACUAUGUGACAUUGUGACGGUGCAUAUGUGACCAUAUCAAACAUGUUGAGUGACGUCACGAGGACUACACGUCACACUAUGGGAAUAUGUGACGGUGCAUAUGUGACCAUAUCAAACAUGUUGCGAGUGACGCCACGUAGACAGUACACGUCAAACUAUGUGACAUUGUGACGGUGCAUAUGUGACCAUAUCAAACAUGUUGAGUGACGUCACGAGGACUACACGUCACACUAUGGGAAUAUGUGACGGUGCCUAUGUGACCAUAUCAAACAUGUUGCGAGUGACGUCACGUAGACAGUACACGUCAAACUAUGUGACAUUGUGACGGUGCAUAUGUGACCAUAUCAAACAUGUUGCGAGUGACGUCAUGUAGACAGUACACGUCAAACUACUAGUAUGUGACAUUGUGACGGUGCAUAUGUGACCAUAUCAAACAUGUUGAGUGACGUCACCAGGACUACACGUCACACUAUGGGAAUAUGGGACGGUGCAUAUGUGACCAUAUCAAACAUGUUGCGAGUGACGUCACGUAGACAGUACACGUCAAACUAUGUGACAUUGUGACGGUGCAUAUGUGACCAUAUCAACUAUCGACUACACGUCACACUAUGGGAAUAUCUGACAUUGUGUUCGUAAAUUUAUAUGUCAUAUUGUGUUCGUGAAUAUACCGGCAUAUCACACAUGUUGACACAAAUGACUCUGUCAAUGAACACCAAAUGUACUACACGUUCGCAGAUGUAUAAAUAGACAUAAUACAUUCCAGAGCUCAGAGGUUUUGUAUGGAGAUUUAAGAUAUUUUCAAAUGUCACCGUGUUGAAUAAAAUUCUUAUAUUAUAUUGAG